AUGGCGGCGCCGGCGGAGGCGCUGCCUGAUAUCGUCGUCCCGGCUAUCAGCGACACGGACGACGAGCGCCUGUGGGUGCCGCAGACGGAUUGCCUUUCCUUCCGGCCGCUUUGCCUGUGCGUGAGCCAAGGCUACUACGUCAAUCUUCUGCGCUUCGUCGGCGGUGGCACGCUCGGCUGCCACCGACACUCGUCGCCGGUGCACGCCCACACGAUCCGCGGGACGUGGGGCUACAAGGAGCACGCGUGGGAGGCGCAGGCUGGCACGUACGUCUUUGAGCCACCCGGCGAGACGCACACGCUCGUGGUCGGGGAGGAGGAGAUGAUUACGCUCUUCCACGUGACGGGCGCCCUCUUGUACUGCGACCCCGACGACCCCGCCACCGUGCUCGGCUUCGACGAUGUCUUCACAAAGCUGGAGAAGGCGCGUGCGCACUACGAGCACGUUGGCUUGGGCGCAGAUUACGUGGACCAAUUCAUUCGAUGA